UGUGUAGAUUCUAUUACUUAGGAUAAUAAAAUAAAGAAUGAGUAAAGAUUAACAUAGUUACAAAAUAACAAAUUUGGGAAGAAACCCACAUUUUCCUGUACAUAAAACCUUUGAAACCAAUACAGUAGUUUAUGGGUAACAUACUUCAGCAAGAAGGCAGUUUAAAUGCUUUACAUAAAAAAAUAAUAAUAAAGGACACAUUAAAUUGCAGUGGCAGAAUAAAGAGAAGUAAUGGAAAGGUAGUAAUCCAAUUGUGAACUAUGUCAGAACUAUUUUACAGUUAUUAAUCAAAGGCAAUUCAAAACAAAUAUAAAUUUAGAAAGUGCUUCACUUACUAUGAUUUUGCAGUGAUUGGAAAUUGAAAAUUUAGCUACUUUUAAAGAAAUGUUUGAUGAGUAUAAUAAGACAAUGUAUUUAAUGAGUGAGUAAAGUACUUUGUCUAGCUUAAAAAAUGUUCAGAAAUUCUGCACUUGGUUCAUCGUGUUUAUUUCUAUAAAUGUCAGAAAAUGACAAAACGCAUCUCAAUAUUUUAUGAACAUUAUUUGCAAAUGUCCUCUCAUCUGCAUUUUACAUGUUGCUCUGACUUGUAACUGCUUAAAAAUAGAGAUGUCCUUUAUUCUUUAUUGUCCCACAGUUUAAUGCGUGUCUUUACAGCAAAGUGUCCUAAAUUACUCACUAGCACAACUUCAGAGAGAAGAUUGUACAAGCUAUUAUUCAAUUUCCUGAGCAAAUAAACUGGACUACUUUCCCCGUUCUGUAUUACUGUCAGAAUUCCAGAUCCCCAGCUCCAUGGUGAUCCGGUUUCAGAUUGCAUGUUGCCUGUUCCAGGUUUCUAUGGUCACCAGAAUUUUAUUUAGCUAUUAAGCUGAACAUAACCUGUGUGUUUUGUUCCACUGAAAGCAUUCAAUAGUCACAUUUCAAACUGUGCCAAAAUGGUGAAAGGAGGAAAACGCUACUAUGGUAUGGAGAAGGACGGCCAGUGGUUUGUCCAUCCACACGGUUCAAAGUUAACAUCUCGUGAAGCCUGUACAACUACUGGAGCUAUGCUGAAUGAGGCUAAGACAUUAUUGCCUGAGGAUCGGCAUGUGAAGCGCUAUCCUAAAUGGAAAAUUGACCAGCGAUCCAGGGAGGAUUAUCCAUUAUCAUGUCAUGACAAUAAGAACACCUUAAAAAGUAGCAUCUCAAUCUUCUCUAAUGGUGUGGGGCGAAGAAAAUACCCCGAUGAUCAUAUGCAGACCACAACUCAGAUCAGUUUGGCCCACGAAUCAGCUGAAGAGCCUACAUCUAGGUUUUUUGCAAUUCAACCUGACUUUACUUCAGUGGAGGUCUUGAGUGUACCGACCAAGAACAGGAGGUUCCCUCGAAACCACAAACUGAGGUCAGAAAGGGCCUUUGAUGAGACAAGGGAGCAGUUAAUGUGGUUUGGACAAGUCCCAGAUAGUCUGGAUGUGCUGGCAACUUCCAACCUGUCGACCCCUUCAGAGUCCUCACUCAUUUAGGUCACGGACAGACGUACAAUAAGAACAUUUGGGUGGCUGGAAUAAAAGAUUCAAUGAGUUUUAGUUUGAGGACAUGCAGACCUUGGUAAUAAGUGUUGGUUCAAUAACAAAACUUCAGAUGAUAAUAAAGAAAAAGAAUAUG